AUGAAACCCCCAACGACGAUAAUGGCGACGACUACGGCGAAGGAGGAGGGGAAAGAGCCGAGGAAAGAGCCGCCGUCGCCGCCUCCACUGCCACCAGGAGUUAAGUGUAUGGUUCAGCGGUGGCGGAGAUGGACGGUGUUGGUAGCGGCAAUAUGGAUACAAGCAUUCACGGGGACAAACUUCGAUUUCGCGGCCUACUCAUCGGACAUGAAGUCGUCGUUGGGGUUUUCUCAAUCGAGGCUGAAUUACAUGGCCGUGGCUUCAGAUUUGGGCAAAGCAUUGGGUUGGUCUUCGGGUUUCGCGAUUGCGUAUUUCCCCGUCUCCGCUGUUUUAUUCGCCGCCGCCGGAAUGGGCCUCGUCGGUUACGGCGUCCAGUGGUUAGCCAUCGCCGAUGUAAUCGAUCUGCCUUACGCUCUGGUAGUGGGUUGCUGCUCCUUAGCCGGACUUAGCAUCUGCUGGUUCAACACCGUCUGCUUCAUCCUCUGCGUUCGGCACUUCGAAUCCAACCACUCGCUCGCCUUGUCUCUCGUUGUCAGUUUUAACGGGAUCAGUGCUGCCUUGUACACGCUUGGCCAUGAAGCUAUUUGUGCCGAAUCAUCUUCAAGCUCUGAUAUUUACCUUCUCCUUAACUCUCUCAUCCCUUUGAUCGUCUCUGUUUUAGCCCUUUGGCCGGUCCUUACCAACCCUGAUUCCUCUGAGCCCGACACUAGUCGGAGUCGUGACGAAACCCCAAUCUUCGUCGUCUUCAAUGUCUUAGCCUUGAUCACUUGCUUUUACCUUCUCUUGCCUUCCUCUAACACCUGCUUGGCUUCUUCACCUCGUUGGCAUUUCCUCGGUGCCAUUGCCCUUCUCCUUUUCCCAUUGUUCGUCCCGUUUCUCGACCCUGCUCUCCAGUCCUGUUUCCGCCAACGCAGCUCUGGCUAUGAAAAAGUGGUUAACUUAGAGGAGCCCAAAUCAAACGAAGAGGAGGAAUGUGAUAAAUUAGGGCUAGGAGAUGAACAUUCUCUUGAAAUGCUGGUUCGUAGGCUGGAGUUUUGGCUAUACUACACAGCUUAUUUCUGCGGGGGCACGAUCGGUCUUGUAUACAGCAACAACUUAGGACAGAUCGCUCAGUCUCUAGGACAAAGCAGCUCAAACGCUAAAUCCUUAGUCACACUCUUCUCUGCCUUCUCCUUUUUGGGAAGGUUGCUCUCCUCUGCACCUGACUUCACACGCAAGAAACUGGACUACUUGACAAGAACAGGCUGGUUCACCAUUUCGCUACUGCCAACACCUUUGGCGUUCUUCAUCCUCGCUUAUUCAUCCAAGACUUACCAGACCGCGCUAUUACAAGUUGCGACCGCACUUAUCGGGUUAAGUUCAGGGUUCGUUUUCGCGGCCGCGGUUUCUAUAACCUCCGACCUCUUUGGACGCAACAGCGUUGGUGUUAACCAGAAUAUCCUCAUCACGAACAUUCCCAUCGGAUCGCUCUUCUACGGCUACAUGGCUGGCUCUGUCUACGAAACCAAUGCGAGCCUCGGCACGCAAUCUGUGGUCUCGGACUCGGUUGUUUGCGUUGGAAGUAACUGUUACUUUAUAACGUUUUUGUUCUGGGCUUGUUUGUCUGUUUUGGGGUUCGUAUGUAGCUUGUUUCUGUUUAUUAGAACCAGACCGGUUUAUCACCGGUUAGAAGAAAACAGAUUCUAA